AUGCAAAAAAUAAAUACAAAACGACAACUGGUAAGUGAUCGAUUACAGCCACAUUUGCCUGUUAACACAAUCAGAGAAACAGAGAACACUAUUCAUCAUAAGCGUGUCAACCAAAUUUCACAAUCAGCACCGAACCGUUUUCAUAAGUUAGCAGCUGAAAAGCAACAACAAUUGCCAUUACGACGUUUUCAAACCGAUUUAGAUACGUCUCGUUCUCUGUCGAGUUGUCCUACGUAUUCAUCGUUAUCGAGACAUUCACCCGAAACUCGUAAUUGCGCAACACAAAUAACAACAUUAACACCACUGGAAAGCGUUGACGACAAUCAAUACCUAUCGAGUGAUUAUCCAGUGCCCGUUAAGAAUAAUCCAGUAUUACUUAUUGACGAAGAUCCUAUUGAAGAAAUUGAAGUUAUGCCAAUAUCAAGUGGUGCCGGUAAUUAUCCGUACGAUUAUCCAACAACACGAACAAAACGUAUUGUACAACCGCAGAUUGUAACUCGUGCUAAUCAGUUUCGAGGCAAAAAAGAGUACGGUUUCAACUCACAAUUUGGACCGAAAUCGACUAGUAAAUCACCGCCACAACGACCCACCGCUGUCAAACAACCAUCACCACGUUCCGAUAUCUAUCCAUUACCAGCGAAACGAUAUCAAGUAAAUCCUCGAACAUCAAAAGAUGAUUUCAUGCAACCAGAUUUUCGACGAGCACCACCAAAAGAACGUUUUGCUAGAAAUUCAUCGCCAAUGUUUAAUAAUAGAUAUGCAGGAAGUAUGCGUAGAAAUGAACCCCCUCGAAUCAUGCACAAUAAUCGUAAAUCAUCGUUUGAUGAAGAUGCGCGUCACAAACCUUUACGCUUCAUUUCUAAACAUAACCGUAGUCAUCGGUCUUCUUCUCCUCCUGCUACUAAUAACCGAAGACCUAUUUCCUUACCUCGCAAUGCACUUCAAAAGCAACGACGUAUUCAUGAAACAAAUGAUAAUUAUGACGUAGAACGACGAAAACAACCAGUUCGUUAUGUUCAUGAUGAUUAUCGAUCGGACAUUUCAUAUGAAAGACGACGAAGACCUCAACGAAUGGUCAGAGUUCUACGUGAAACUCCUUAUCGAGACAAUGAUUAUUAUUAUGAUGACGAAUAUGAUGAUGCCUAUUAUGAUGAGUCCCCACGUCGUCCAUCAGUAAUGAGACGAGCACCACCAAAAGAAUAUGUUUUUCUUGAUGAAACUCCUAAGCCAGUUCGUCGUUCGCGUUCGCGUCGCUCUGAAAUCGUCUAUGAUGAUGACGACCGACCUAUUCAAUAUGAAGAUGAAAUUGUUUAUGUUGAUGAACAUGGCAAUGAAGUUGAAUUUGUUGAUGAGCGAAGUUCAUCAAAACGUUAUGUCGAAUAUGUCGAUGACGACGAUGAUUAUGAUGAUGAGGAACAACGACACACUACACGGCACCCACCUAAAACUCGUGCUGUCUAUGUUGGAGAUGAUUCAUCAAGUAAUAGAAAUGAGGAUAAAUCGAAAUCGAAACCGAAACCGAAACCGAAAUCAAAGCAACCAGCAUCAACAAGAAUUGUUUAUGAAUAA